AUGCCCGCCAUCACGACCCCUUUGCGUGCCGUCAUCAACUUUGGCGUGCCAAAGCACGAGCUCUCGGUCGAGCAGCAGCAACACUACCUCGCCCGCUUCGACGCCGCCGACCCGGUCCCGACUCGCAAAACGACCGUCCCGAUCUGGGACCUGCGGCAAGAGUUCGAUGCGGGCCUCAAGCCUGCGCUCGAGCAGCUCGAAGAGACUGGGUUCGCCUACGUCAAGCACCAGAGCGCCCACGUUCGCGAUGGUGGUCUCGAGACCGAGGACGAGACCGAGCGGUACAAGGACGAGUGCCGCCAGCUGUACAAGGACCUUCUCGGCGCCGACGAGGUCAUUGCGUGGAACGUCGUCAUUCGCGACGCCGGCGAGGGCCAGCAAGACGUCGAGGGCAAGAUGCAGCUCAAGACCGAGGCGGGUCAGGUCCCGACGAGCAGCAUCAAGGCCGUCGCCGGCAGCGCGCACGUCGACCAGGACGACGAGUACGCCCGCACGAUCAUCAAGCGCGCAGCCGGCGACGACGUGUUCGAGCGCUACUCGCGCGCCGCCAUCUGCAACCUGUGGCGGCCCGUGCGCGGGCCCGUCACCAACAAUCCGCUCGCCGUGAGCGACUACUCGACCAUGAGCGACGAAGACGUCAUGCGCAUGGCCGGCAGCUACGGCAGCGCCUACUCGGUGUCGCACAGCGAGCGUCAACGGUGGGUGUACCUCUCGCAACAGCAGCCGGACGAGGCCAUCAUGCUCCUGUGCUUCGACAGCAACAUGGGCAAGAACGGCGAGGCGCUCUACACCGGACACGUCGCGUGCUCGAUCGUCAACGAGGAGCGCCUGCCAGAGCUCGUCGGCAAGCCCGAGGUGCCUCGACGGUCGGUCGAGGUCCGGCUCUUUGCGCUGUGGAAGUAG